AUGGCACAAGGUGGCACCAGCAUCCUGGUGAUCCUGUAUGAUGGCUGUCAAUCACCUUUAUUACGUUUUCUUGAAAGGUGUCCCAACAUGCCCCCUGAUAUCAUCCACCUCUCCUUCUUUUUAACGCUGCUGCUGCUUCUUCAAGUUCAGCAGGGCGCCUCAGUGCAGGAGAUCCAAACCAGCCAUGAAAACAUCAUGAAGAUCAACUCAGCAGGGGAAAUGAUGCAGUGCUCAGCAGCAAUGGAUAUCCUCUUCCUCAUGGAUGGCUCUUACAGCAUGGGGAAGGGCAGUUUCGAGAGGUCCAAACACUACGCAAUCAAACUCUGUCAAGCACUAGACAUCGGACCGGAAAAGGUGCGAGUCGGCUUGAUUCAGUUUGGCUCCACUCCUCGGCUGGAGUUCGCUCUGGACUCGUACACCACCAAACAAGAGCUAAAGAAGAACAUGAAGAAGAUUUCUUACAGGGGAGGCAGCACCCAGACAGGCCUGGCGAUGAAGUAUGUGCUGAGGAAGAGUUUCCCAGGCGGCCGCAACUCCUCCACCGUGCCACGGAUCAUCAUCCUCUUAUCAGAUGGGAGGUCUCAGGGCAAUGUGGUGCAGGCGGCAGCGCAGCUCAAAGAGACAGGUGUUGUCUUGUUUGCCGUUGGCCUGCGCUUCCCCAGGUGGGAGGAGCUUCAUGCUGUGGCCAGUGACCCGAUGGAGAGCCACGUUUUCUUCGCUGAGCAUUUCUAUGAUGCUGUCAAUGGCCUGUACACCACACUGACCACCUUCUCUGUCUGCAAUGCCACGCCUGCAGGCUGUCAGGUGGAGUCGUUUCCCUGUGAGAGAAAGACCCUGGAGACCGUGAAAGAGCUGCAGGGGAAUUUCAUGUGUUGGAAAGGCUCCAAGGGGUUUUCUCCAUACACGUCUCUUUGUCCAUACUACAGAUACAACAAAGCCUACAAGAGACACCAGACAGUCUGCCAUCGGACCAUCUGUCCAGAUCCGUGUGACUCUCAGCCCUGUCUGAAUGGUGGAACAUGUGUAUCAGAGGGUCCAGAGGGCUACCACUGUGUGUGUCUGCCUGGCUAUGGAGGAGACCCACACUGUGCUCCUGCGUUAUCACUGGACUGUGCAGUGGACUUGCUCUUCCUACUGGAGGGCUCCGCCACUCUAACCUUGGAAGGCUUCCUCCGCCUCAAAUCCUUCUUAAAACGCUUUCUGCAGACAGUGAUUGGGUCUGACACACCCAGCAAAGUCGGCCUGGCGGUAUUUGGAGGAGAGACUCGGAUCGAGGCCCAGGUCGGCAAGUUCAAAGGGGACCUGAAGGGUCUGCUGAAGGCUGUGGAAGCGCUUCAGCCAAUCGGUGGUGAGACCCGGACAGGCCAGGCGCUUCGCUAUGUAACACGCCAUGGCUUUGUGAACACACAGGUUUAUGCUGAUGUCUCAGACGAUCUGCCCCGCGUGGUGGUGCUGCUUACUUCUACACCUUCUGUGGAUGAAGUGGUUGAGCCUUCUAAAUAUGCACGGGACAGAGAGAUCUUCCUCGUAGGAGUGGGACCAGACAACUUAAAGAGACAACUGAAUAACAUCACAGGAAAUCCCCAAAGGACUCUUACCUACACAUCACCUCAUAGGUUCAGCGCCAAGAUCCCUGAACUCAAGGCCAAGAUCUGCAGUGUAGAUACCCAAGGUUGCCUGGGCCAAGCGGCAGACCUAGUGUUUGCCCUGGAUGCCUCAGGCGGCGUUGGACGUGAUAACUUUGCCUCCCUGCGUGACUUUGUGCGCAGCAUCACCGUCCAGUUUGACAUCAACCGUGAUGUAGCUCAAGUAGCACUGGUGACUUACGGCCGCAGAGCCACCACCGUCUUUAACCUGGACACCCACGAGACGGGCUCUGCGGUCCUCAAGGCGGCGGCCGAUGCCAACUACAUAGGUGGAGUAGCUUCAACGGGCACAGCCUUACUCCACAUCCACUCCAACGUCCUCACGGUAGCCAAAGGCGCACGGCCUGGAGUCAACAAGGCCGUGGUGGUGGUGACUGACGGCUCAGGUGGGGAAGAUGCUGCCGUCCCAGCUCAAAAGAUAAGAGACAAUGGAGUGUCAGUGUUUGUGAUCGGUAUCGGGGAUAUACAGAGAGAUAGGCUGCUGCAGAUAGUUGGUUCAGAGGAGAACAUGAUCUCAGUGCCGUCUUACGAGGAUCUCAAGUACUUUGAAGAUGUGUUGGUGCAGAUGGUGUGUGCAGAGGUGAAAAAGCAGGUAAACUUGUGCAAGCCCAACCCUUGUAUGAAUGAUGGGAUCUGCAUCCUAUCAGGAGGGAGCUUCCGCUGCCAGUGCCAAGGUUUUGAAGGACCACACUGUGAAACAAAAAGCAGCAGACCUUCAUCCAGAGGAGAUCUUCCAAGACCCGCUGGUCUGAAGAGGGGGAGCAGGCAGAAGAAGAGUCACCAGGGGCUCCUGCAUCACUACAAACUGCACCGCAGGAGACACGUAGCCUGA